AUGAAUCCCAACGUGUGGGAAAAUUUUGAUAUGAAACAACCGAAGAAAGGACAAACAAUGGUGAAUGCUCUUCAAGGCGCGUGGUUAGCGCGGGAAUUUACUGGCCGGAAGGUCCGUGGUUCGAAUCCGACCUCUGCUCAUCGACUUCCUCUGUGUGGGCUUUGGCAACCUGGCAGUAUCCAAGCCCUCGUGCUUCAUUCUAGCGACUUGACAGCUGAACGACUAAAAUAG